CAAAUUGCACACUUUGGGACAAAUUGGGAUGACCUCCCACAUGGGUGGGGGCCACCCCACGAAAUUGUCAACCCUUGAGGGCUGGAUGAGUGCCAAAUUGGCUGAACAACAAUUGAGAGGAUGGGGGAGACACCUUUGACAUGUAGUAGGCCCCCUCCCUUCACUCAUUGUCUAAAUGAGACAAGAAGGAACCACCCCUACCUCCUUACACUCAUCAUUUCGACCCAAAUACACCAAGAAGGAGAGAAGAGCUCUGCAAACUUCAUCUCCAUAGCCCAAAUCCGAACUCAAUCUAAAGGGAGUCCAAGAAGAAAGUUUAAGAAGGAAAAAGCUAGGAAAAAGUGUGAAAAUUAAGUUUCAGGUAGAACUUGAAGGUUGCUACCGCCAGCCGCUGCUUCGGGAAGUUUCUAAGGAGAAGACUUGGUUCGUGCUUCUCCCGUUCUUGUUUUGAAAAACAAUAUGAAUAAUGCUCAUGGAUAAUAUUUUCUGAAUAAUUACUUUGGGGGCUUGCAUGCCUAAUUAUGCCAAGUGUGGCUUGAACACUUGUAUCAAUUGUUUCCGCUGCUUUAAUAAAUGUUUUACAUUAUGUUUGUUUAUGGAUGUACUAUGUGUGAAUGGUAUUCAAGACGCCUUGUAUAGUAUGGAUGAGUCGGACUGCGAUUGAUUAUUCGUACUGUACGGCGGGUUGUUGACGUGUCCGGGUAUGUCCGGGGCGUGACAAAGAUAUACGACGGUGGUAUGGACCUCGUCGUCUAGGGUGCCUUUAUGCUCAUGGAGAGCAACAAGAAGCUGCAGCGGGAGAUUGCCCGCUUGAAGGAGUUUGAGGAGAAGGCAGCCUCAGCCGAUGAGGCCAUGAGCUGCUUGGGGAGGCUGCGGGAAGACUUUGCCGCCUUACAGAAGAGGGCCGAUGAGGCUGAUGCGGGCAAAGAAGAGGCCCUAGCAAAAUUGGCCGAGGAAAAGGGUGCCCGCGAGGCUGAUCGUCGGCGGGCAGAUGAGGCCGAGAAGGCUAAGGCCGAGGCGGAGGCUACGGCAGUGAAAGCCGCUGAUGAUGCAGUGGCGAAGUUCCUGGCCGAAGGCUGGAAGGCCGACGAGCGCCUGCCCUGGUGCUAUGAGGUCGUGGCGGCCAAGCUUGAAGACUGGGGGCAGAACUCCCCUGCCGGCCAGGAAUAUUUUGAACGGGAAAUGUCCGUGUAUUACAACAUGGGCCAGCAUCGGAUGCAUAGGCUCAUUUAUUGGCGGCUGAGUCGUGCUCUCAGAACCCUGAACUACACUCGGGGUAGGGCUAGGUGGAACCUGCGGCUUCCUCGGCUAAUGAAGGAUCCGGAGGAGCAGAUCAACCUUCCUCUGUGCGAUAGCCAGGCUCCCAUAGAGAGUUCCGGCCUCGGCGAACCGGAUUAUGAUGCGGACGAUUACUUGGACGACACCGCCACUUCCGUCGUAGAGGCUGUCCUGGAUGCUGAGACCGAGGGUGGUGCCGAGUCUGCCGCUGAGGAGGACGUUGUGGGUCAUGCUGCCGACGAGGCUGCUACGGAGGCAUGAUCAUCUACAAAUGUCUUUAACUUAUAAUUUGUCCUUUAUAUUUCAUCGUUUGACUGUAACGGCCAAAGUGCCCACCAUGUGAUGAUUUAUGUUAAUGAAACAUGUUUAAGUUCCUUGUUGUCUUUGUCGUCUUGUUCUCCGUUUGGUUCCUCUGUUUUUUUGUUCUUUCCAAAAUUCG